AUGGCCUCGCCCGCGACCGGCGACGCGCCCAACGGCAUCGCGACGCCCACCGGCGGGCCCAGCCAACCGGGCAACGCGACCACCAGCACGCCUCCCAGCAGCUCCGCCGCCAAUGCCGCAGCCCCCGCAGGCACGACGCCCGGCGCGACGGGCGGCGGCGACGCGACCUCGACGACCGUAACCGCGCCCGCGCAGCAGCAAUCAGCAUCAUCAUCCGCAGCACCCACCGUCCAGCCCAACACGUCGCUAAACGACAGCGGCCUCACCAAGCGGCCGCGCGACGCGCGCCUGCUGCACAUGGUGCUGGCCCACCUGGGCGUGUCGGCGUACCAGGAGCGCGUGCCGCUGCAGCUCAUGGACUUCGCCUACCGCUACACCGCCGGCGUGCUGUCCGACGCCGUCGCUAUUUCGGCUGAGACGACGACGGCCGCGACGGGCGGCAAGGGUGGCGCGCCGGGGAACCCUCAGCGCGCGGCCGGCGGCGCCGGUGGCGCAGGGGGCGACGAGAACAAUGUCAGUUUGGCGGCGAUUAGGUCGGCGAUUGCGAGCAGGCUGAACUACCAGUUCAAUCCGGUGCUGCCUAAGGAGUUCCUGCUCGAGCUCGCGCAGGAGAAGAACAGGGUGAGCUUGCCUCGGCCGGAGAGGGAAUAUGGCGUCAGGCUGCCGCCGGAGAGGUAUUGCUUCACUGGAGCAGGAUGGGGGCUGAAGGAGGAGUGGGAUAGCGACGUCGAGGAUGAUGGAGACGAGCAAGGCAAGGACGGCAUCAAUGGCGAUGACCGCAUGGAAGGCGUUCAGGAAGAGGGCAUGGACGAAGACGAAGACGAGUUCGAAGACGUCAUGGGCGUCGGAGAGGACCGGGAGAUGGCCGACGCUUGA